AUGGCACCAACCAAAAAAAAAUCUGUUAACACCACUCCAAAAAGGUUUUUGUACUCACCUUCAAAAGUAAAAUUAGCAUUAAAGGCUAUCAGUGAUGGGAUGAGUACAAGUAGAGCUAGUCAGAUGUAUCACGUACCUAGGACAACGCUGAGGAACAAAAGUAGUGGAAAAUCACCAGAACUCUCAAUAGGCCAUAGUGGCACGAUUUCCGUUUUAGGGGAAGAAAUGGAAACAACAUUGGUACAGUGGAUUUUGUCUUGUGCAAGGAUGGGUUUCCCAGUAGGUCGUGAAGGCCUCUUAUCAUCGGUUAAAAAACUUGUGGAUGAGGCAAACAUCAAAACACCUUUUGCACACAAUCGUCCAGGAAAAAAAUGGUUUUAUGGUUUCCUAAACAGGCAUAAAAUACUUUCACAAAAACAUUCUGAGUAUGUGAACCGAGCUAGGGGAUCAGUUACAGAAGCCAAAAUUAAAAACUGGUUCAAAGAAAUACAUGAACUGUUAGGUGAAGAUGCUAAUAUUUUAGAAGAGCCAAAUCGAAUUUUUAAUAUGGAUGAAACAUGCUUCAAUUUAGCACCUAAAGGGGAACUGAUUAUUGGAGCACGUGGACAAAACGUAUAUGAUGAGCAUACCAACUCGGACAAAGAAAAUGUCACAACGUUAUUUGGAACAAAUGCAUUAGGUAAAUGGGCCCCUUGCCUUACAAUAUUUAAAUAUGAGAGAAUUCCAGCAGCUCUUGUUAAAGCUGCACCAUCUGGUUGGGGAAUUGGUAAAUCGGAAACUGGUUGGAUGACUGGGGAAACAUUCUUUGAAUAUAUAACAAACAUCUUCCUACCAUUUCUAAUUGAAGCUAAUAUUCAGAGACCAGUUAUUGUUUUUUUAGAUGGCCACAAAUCGCAUUUAAGCUUGCAUCUAAGUAAAUUUUGUCGAGAAAAUGGAUUAAUACUCAUAUCAUUAUAUCCCAAUUCAACACAUAUACUACAACCUCUAGAUGUGGCUGUAUUUGGCCCUCUUAAAGGUAGAUGGAAAAAAAUAGUAAAACAGUGGCGAAUCGAUAAUGAAAAAGAAAUUACAAAAUCAGAUGUACCUCAAGCCUUAUCACAAAUAAUAGAUGAUGCUGGAAUGGUAAAUAAUAUUAAAUCUGGCUUUCGUGUAACUGGUUUAUAUCCAUUUAAUGCUGAUAGUGUUGACUACAAUAAAAUCAUUGUAAGAACAAUUCCAAUACAUGAAACUACAUCAAAUAUUGAUGAUAUAAAAUCACACAUAACAUUUAUUGAAAAUCACAUAAAUAAAUUUGAUGUUGAUCUUGUAACGGAAUUCAAAAGAACAUACAAAGGAAAGUAUGAAUGGGAUGGGAAAGUAGAAGCAUCAUUACUGUAUACUUUAUGGUCAGAAAUUUUUGAAGACAUUAAUAAAAAAGAAAAUGAGAUUAUCCAAACUGAUAAUACUAUUGCAGUGAUUUCACAAGUAUCAACAUCACCAACAUUACAACAUCGAAAUGAUACUUUAAACCCAGAAAUGUGGUCUAAUAUACCAUCAACCAGCCAAGCAGAAGACACACCACCAUUUAGUACGGAGACACAACCAUUUAGUACCGAGACACCACUAUUUAGUACAGAGCCACCAAGUAUGCAAACAUGUCCCGCCAAAAGGUCAUUAGCAACAGUAUUUAAUGAUAUUAUUAAGUGGCCUGAACAACAGCAAUCAAAAUCAAACAGAAAAAAAGAGUACACUCCAAGUGUUAUUACUUCGGACAAAUGGAUUGAGUUUCAUGAUAUAAAAGCAAGUGAAAAAUUGGAGAAAGAAAAACAAAAAGAAGAGAGAAAAAUAGCAAUGCUGGAUAAAAGAAAACAAGCCGAAAUAAAAAAAAUUGAGAAAGCUGAAAUAAAAGCCAAAAAAAUGAAGCCUACAGUAGUUGUAUCAGACACAGACAGCACAGAGUCAAAAUUGAGCUGGAAUUCUAAAGUUGAUUCUAGUGAUGAUGAACUGUUAUCACAGCCAAUAAAUAAAGACCUACUUCAAAAAAUGAGCAAUUUGAAACGAGACCUUAAAUCUGGUGAUUAUGUACUGGUGAAAUUUAAGCCUGUAGGAAAAAAAAAAAUUUGUUAUAAAUAUGUGGCGACAGUAGUUAAGGUAAUUUCUAAAACUGAAGUGGAGGUACAAUAUUUUGAAGCCUCUGAUGAAGAAAAUACAGAAUUUGUACUAGUUGAAGGUGAUGUAUCUGUUGUAGAGUUACAGGAUUUGGUUUACAAAUUGCCAUUGCCAGAAUUAUGUUUUAAGAACAGACAAUAUGUUUCUGUUUUCCCAGGUAUUGUUGAUGUGUACGAAAAAUUUAAAUAA